AUGUCUGUCAAGACGCCGGUCAAGCGUAAGCAGCCGUACAGCAGACCCAAAGAUGUCAAGAAUUCUUCCAAAGACGUGGAGGGUUCCAUGUCUACCCAGCCGUGCUCGUUGGCGUCGUCAAGUACAAGCAACACUUCGAACACAUCUGCAGUGGAAUCGUCGUUGCCCGGAUCUCAGGUUGCCCGUCAAGUGUACAUUGAAUUCAUGCAAGAGGUCUACCCCAACAUUACGCCGAGAGACGAUCACGACCUCUUGAUUCUCGGGUCGACUAGGCGCGAGGGAACUACUGCAGAGAUCCUUGCCUGGGUGGACAAGAAGAUGGAAAACCACAUCAAGAUAUUCGGGUCACGAAAGGCCGUUCUAGCGAACGCGAAGGAGCUACUGGACUGCAUCGUAGGCGUAACAGGGGUGAAGCCGCGUCCCGGUCGCGACAUCGCGCACAUAAGACCCAUCCCCGGCAGCAAGUACUCAAUACGUCUAUGGCCCGGAAACCCAUUCGUCAACGAAUACUGCAUGGACUUCGUGGACACUGUAACAAACCGACCCGUCAACUCCCCAUUCGCGUUCGAGCUUUGGGCCGUUCCUGAUCCCAAGUCUCCGUGGCUGGCUCUUCCAUCCGGACGCCUUCACUCGCUGGAGCGUAGCUUUCAUGUUGCCCGGGACAAGAUUCUUCCUGGCGAGGAGAAGUGGGUUCUGCGGGACGGACAGACGUGCUUGCUGAAGCGUCCUGGCAAGCGGGACGUGAUGUUCACCGUGCCUAUUCGUCAGCAACCGCAGACAGUCCAGUACGACGUUGACAUCCUCGACUUCCCCAAGGUUGAGUAG